AUGACGGAAGUGAUCAGCAUCAAAGUAAACCUGGGCAGGAUGCCAGAGCUGAAUGUAAAACCGGUGAAAAUUCAUUGUAAAGCCAACCAGCUCACACACACCGGAUACAGUUCAUUAUCAGUUCUAAGUGAAGAGUUAUUGAAGCUCAAGGACAAAGUCAUUACAAACACAAUAAGCAUCAAAAUCAUGACCUCUAGUGACCUCCAAAGGAACUACACCUGCUUUGGGCAAAACAGCAAAGGCCUGACCAGUGUACAAGUGACUUUAGCCUGGAAAGCUCCUAAUUACGCAGUUGAACUUGGAUGUGCCUUUGGAGUUACGCUGUUGAUACUGGUCACUUCAGUCGUUGUCUACCACUUUUGGUGGAUCGAGAUCAUAUUGCUUUACCGACUGUACUUUGGUGCCGAUGAGACAGUGGGAGAUGGGAAGGAGUUUGAUGUCUACAUGUCGUACGCAAGGAAUUCCAAAGAGGAGGAGUUUGUCCUCACCACUCUGCAAUCUGUUCUGGAAAAUGAAUACGGAUACAAAGUCUGUAUCUAUGACCGGGAUAGUUUGCCUGGUGGAAUCAUUACAGACGAGACGUUGGCUUGUAUUUGGAAAAGCAGGAGGCUGUUGGUGGUGCUGAGCCCAAAUUACCUGGUGAAUGGGACACAGGCUCUCUUAGAGUUGAAGGCUGGCACUGAGCGCAUGGCCAGCACUGGGCAGAUCCGAGUUAUACUGGUGGAGUUCAUCCCAGUGAAGAAAGUCCGCCACGUGGCAGAGCUGAGGAGGCUGAAGGCGGUGAUGGCAACCAUCAAGUGGGAAGGGGAGAGGUCGCAAGAUCCCAGGAGCCGAUUCUGGAAGCAGCUCAGGGUUGCCCUUCCCACGAAAAGAAAAACGCAGAGGUCCGAGAGGGAGAGCAGGAGGUUAGUGUGUGACAAUUGCGACUCACUUCUACAAGAUGGAAAAUUGCCCAGUCCUUCUGUUUCCGAGAACUGUGUACUUGCCAACAAAUGUCUUAAUAUCCAUGAUUUAAAGAGCAAACAAUGACUUAACAAUUGUUGAAUACUCUACAAAAGAAGCCAAAUCCUCAAUGUGUUGAACAUUAACUUCUCAUUUAACAAUAAAAUUCUUCCCGUAGACAAUGCUCCUUUUCAAAGAUUCUGAAAUGAUACAAAUCCGGGGACAAGUGAAUGGAACAAAGUUUAAAGAUCAAAUCUUCAAACUGUCGUCAUACCGUUUGUGAUAUAUAGCUUACCGGUGGCAGUAUAGUGAGGAGGUGGAAUUGGAACUAAUAAUAUCCUGUGCAUAUUUUGUUCCAAUCUCCUCCUGUCUUACCGAGCACAGCAAAGAAGGGUCGAGGCCCGAAACGUCAGCCUCUCUGCUCCUAUGAUGCUGCUUGGCCUGCUGUGUUCAUCCAGCCCUGCACCUUGUUGUCUCGGAUUCUCCAGCAUCUGCAGUUCCUACUAUCUCUGACAGCAAAGACAACCGUUCCUUUGCAGCAUUAUCCGAAAGGUUUAACUUCUAACGGGCAUUUGAUCUCAUGCUCCCUGAAUUUUCAAUUGUGUCCGCGCUUUCACUACGUUCCUGUUGUUUGCCAGUCUCUAGGUCGACCAGUAAUCCUGCUAGCAUUUGCUUUUGUCCAAUGACAUUGUAGAAAUUCAACCAGCCAAUCAGAUUUCAGAACUCUGCCUCUUCAAGUUGACUGUUUAAAUGAAUUUGAUUCUGGAACCAUCUCUGAUGAAAAUGACCUUCGUGUUCCACCAAAGUGUUGCCAUCAUGAUUGUUCUUCCCUAUACCUGACUUGACACUGUAGAGUAUAGUGCAGUGUUGAGGAAUACAUUCGAGAAAACCUCCCCUUCUUGCCUUCCAGUUGAUGUUCCUGAUGUCUCUGAUGUGGCUUCCAGCCCAAUUCAGGCAUGAUAUGAAGCACAGAAAAAGAACCACGGUAGAAGCAUGUGAAUGAUGCUUUCCCAUCUUGAGCCAUCACUCCAUUGCCCCACAAUUGUGCCCCCACUCUCUGUGUCUCUGUUUCUGCUUUCCACAAUUUAACAAGGUGGACAAUUCACUGUGUUUUGGUGUUGGCUGCGGAAAGAAAUCAGAAAGGAGAUAGGAGAAUGGGACCAGGUCAGAAUUAAGCCUUUGUUCAAGGGUGGAGGAAGGACAAAUGGCAAGAGUUGAAUUUGUUAGUCAAAUGUCAGCUGUAGUUACAUUCUUAGAAUCUCUAACUGGACAGAUAACAAGUAUGUUUUAAAAGUGGGUGGAGUUUCAGUUUUGGAACUUGAAUUUCCAGUCCUCUGAAGAUUUUUAAUGAUGGUUUUCUAAUGUCAUACUGCUUCUGUUAAGCCUAGAAUUCAAGGGGUGAUCUUCACCAGCAGGGGGUGACUGUGAAAUGUCUAUUAGAGGCAGAUGAGCCAAUUGCUUCUUAGUGAAACAGAAAUUAAACUCCUUGAGGACUUUAAGGCUCAUUGAAUAGAAAGAUUCCUACUAUAAAUGGUAGGCAAUGGGAAAUGGUUUAGAGGGAACCCAAAAAGCAAAGGAAUGGUGUCUAGUUGAAUUGGCAGCUUUCUUGACCCAAUGCGAGUGGAAUUGCUGGAGAUCAAACUAAUGGCUUCAUUUUUUUUUUGAAUAAUCAAAAAGCCAAGCGAACACAGUGGAUUUGGCCAGUUUCUGGUAGAUGAUCUGCUGGUGGACCAUAAGCAGGGCCUCCUUAUCAAAGAAUAAAACCUGAAAGAACUGCGGAUGGUGUAAAUCAAGAGCAAAACCAGAAGUU